AUGCAACGAGCUCACACUUCUGGUCAUAGAUGGCGUGAUGCAACCUUAGCACGAUUCCGUCAACUCUACUGGGUAACCCAAGGAAGCAAACUCGCUCAAUCAAUCAAGAGUAAAUGUCAGAUGUGCAAGCUACGAGAAGCAAAGUUCCUCGAGCAGCAAAUGGGACAACUACCGGAAGCAAGAUUGAAACCAUCUCCAGCUUUCAACCACGUUAUGAUAGACCUUUUCGGACCCUACUCGGUCCAUGGAGUAAUCUUCACAGAUCUAGUUAUGAGAGCAGUCCACAUUGAAGCUGUGUUCGGGUACGAUACCGAAUCAUUCCUAAUGGCCCUCAGCGGAUUCGUCAGUGUUCGUGGUUGGUCCGAAAUCAUAUAUAGUGAUCCCGGAUCACAACUAAUUGGUGCGGAAAGAGAACUCACGGAAACCUGGAAGAGCAUUGACCGACAAUCCCUACAUAAAAGUGGCACAGAGAAUGGAUUGACCUGGAUCUUCGGCCCCGCUGAUAGUCCUUGGUACCAAGGAACCCUACAUAAAAGUGGCACAGAGAAUGGAUUGACCUGGAUCUUCGGCCCCGCUGAUAGUCCUUGGUACCAAGGAGCUGUAGAAUCCCUGGUGAAGAGUGCCAAGAGAGCUAUUCAUUUCGCAAUCAAUAACCAACGUCUUUCAGUCCAAGCGUUCAUGACGGUGUGUAGCGAAGCCACGAACCUCCUCAAUGAAAGACCUAUCGGAACCCUCCCGAGCGCUGAUUCCGAAUUAAACAUCCUUACUCCCAACAGCUUGUUACUGGGCAGAGCAACGGCGAAGAAUCCUGGUGGAUGGCAGCCUAACUGUAAUAAUCCAGGAAAGCGUUAUCAUGUUGUCCAGAUCGUGACAGACGAGUUCUGGAAGAAAUGGACGGAGUUAUACGCCCCAGCCUUGGUUAUUCGUCGCAAGUGGAAUACAGCCAACCGUAACCUGCGCCCAGGAGAUGUUGUAAUAAUCGCCGACCGUAAUACCUUGCGAGGAGAUUACCGUUUAGGUAUAGUACAAGAAGUGUUUCCCAGUCAAGACGGAAAAGUUCGUCGAGUAAAUGUCAUGUACAAGAAUUUUCAAAUUGGAGAAAAUGUACAAAAAUACAAAGGACAUAACGAGGCUGUCAUUGUGUCACGAAGUGCUCAGCGAUUAUCGUUAUUAGUACCCGUGGAUAUGGAUCAAGACCAGGAAACCAAGUCGGAAGCAAAAGAGAGUGUAUGA